CCACACACACACCCUGUCCCCUUCCUCCACCCCCCAAGCUGGUUGCAUUUAGCUCACGGGGCUUGGGCUACGACUUGCAAGAGUUUAGGGGCAACGUACAGAGUGGCCCUGGGGGUACCCACGCUGGACAGCCACCCCGACUCCUAGGACCUCCGGGCAGGGAUGCAGCUGGGGGUCUAGGGAAGCACUUCUACCCCCUUCCUCUCCUCAGCCCUGGCAGGGUGGUUUCCCAACCCCCUCAAGACAUUCGUGGAUGGAUGAGAGGAGCUGACACUGACCUUCCCCUCUGUGACCACCUUCUCAUCGGCCAUGGAGGAAGCCUUGCUGCCCCUGGCCAUGACCUCUGACCCCAGGCCCUUUAAUCAACAACUCCCAGAGCCUCCAGACCCAAGAUGUGUCUUGGAACCCCAGGACAAUCCUGAAUUGGCACCUGCCCUGGUGUGUGCUCUUUGCUGCUGCUUUGGAAUCAUCUACUGCUGCUUCGGCUACCGCUGCUUCAAGGCAGUGAUGUUUCUCUCGGGCCUACUAUCAGGAGCUCUGGUGAUCUUCCUGCUAUGCCACAAGGAGCGAGUGCUAGAAACACAGCUGAGCCUGGAGGUGAGCGCGGGCAUUGCGCUAGGCAUCGGACUCCUCUGCGGCCUGGUCACCAUGCUGGUUCGCAGUGUUGGGCUCUUCCUGACUGGUCUCCUGUUAGGCCUAACCCUGGGCGCUGGGGCCCUGCUGAGCACCGAACCCAUCUACCAACCUCCUUCAGCCUGGGUGCCGGCCGGGGGACUGGUGGGGCUGGCACUGCUGGGAGCUCUGCUUACGCUUCAGUGGCCACGUCCAUUCACAGUUCUGGGUACAGCCCUGCUGGGUGCGGCGGUGCUGGUGGCCUGUGCUGACUACUUCCUGGAAGGGCUGGCACUGGGCAGUCGGUUGGGCCAACGUUUGCAGGCACUUCCAGCCUUGCCUCCUCUCUGCUGGUAUAGCUGGGUCUUGCUGGGGACCUGGCCAGCCCUGGGGGCCCUUGGGGCUCUGGCCCAAUGGAAGCUCAUGGAUGAGGAACAUGGAGGCCACGCCAAUGUAGUGGUCUUGAGCCACCAGCGAAGGCAUCUCCAACUCCUGCGGAUCCGUCAGCAAGAGGCCAAGUGGCAUCGGACCUCUCCUGGGGUGGGGCUCUGCGAGGGCAGCUACCGGCGACAGCUUUCCCCCAACGCCCGGAACCCUGCUGAUGGUCUGGCUCCAAGUUAUCUCCAGAGCCUUCGAGAGCACCAACUGGGAUCAGGCAGCCAAGCCACAGCCCCCCACACCGUCCUGGACCUGGAUUCUGACUGUGGUUCCACUGUACCCCUCACCACACCUUUUGGUUCCACCCAGACCUGAGCCUAAACCUCCACAGAUGCCCCCACCCCUAGCAACACAAGGUCUGAGAACACAAGGUGGGCAGGGCCUGAGCCCACGGGACCAGCACACAAACUUCCCCACCUCUUGGACUUGGGGAUAGAAUCUGUGUUCCAACCUAGACUGGCCCUGUAGGGAUAGGUUUCAGGGACAGAUAGAGAGGAAUCUUGUGGGGAGGGGAGAGAAAUGUAAGUAUGAGUAGCUACUAGCUACCUCUGCCUAAUAAUAGAGGUGACUCGGUCCCUAAAGUAACUAAUUCCCUAAUUCCCUCCAAACCAAGGGGGCCCUUACCCAAAUAGCCUUUUAUAUUCCCAUCUCAGUUUGCCUCACAAUGGUAAAAUACGGCGUCUUGUUUUUAUAGGAGCUAUAGAAAAAUCAGGAAGCCUCCUAAAUCACUUGAUAGCUUUUUGAUGGAGAGAAGGGCACAGAGGUGCUCCAGGAUUCCCCCAAUCCCCAGGUUCCUUAUUAGGGGGUAGUUGGGUUCCUGAUUAGCCUUACCUCCCUGACCCCAUAGACUCAAGCUCCCUUUUCCUACCUCAGUUGGGGGUACUAUCCUCCAUGGUGCUUCCCUUUCCCUCCUUGAUGUGGGGAAGACCAUGGCGCAGUGCCUGGCUCAGCCCCCACCUCCCCCAGAUGUUGGCUUCUUGCUCCAAGGAGAGCAUUGGCCCACCUGCCAGAGACUUGCCUGUUGCCCAAAAGAGCCUGGUCUUUCGGGCUGAGUGGGAUCAAGUGCCUUCUCUGACUCUCAUUGUAGGUGAUGCUAAUCUCCUCCUCAACCAGAACUUUUUCCCCACCACUAACCCCUUCUAACUCUCCCCACUCUGAUUCUCCUGCCCAAAGUCGGUUCCCUGGUUUCCCAGACAGCAUGAAGGAAGAUAUACCCCUCCCCUGGGCAGCAAGGCUAUGAUGGGUGGGAGGAAGAACAUGGGAGCAUGUGAAUAAAAUGGCAUUGAA